AUGACAGAAACUAUCCCCUUCCUCCCUACCACCAACGACGAACGUAAACACCGAAAACCAGCCAACAUAUACUAUACCAUGCCCUACUACCACCAAGUCUUCUGCUGCUACAUUUUCACCGGCUCGUUUGCCUGUGCCUGGUUCACCGACUACGUAUCACGAACGACGGAAAUAUUCGUUUGGGUCGCGUUUGCCAUAACCUGUCUCCUGGUGAUCCUAGCAAACCCUUUUAUUUGUACCGAGCGCAAGAAAGUCGACGAAGAGGGUCAUACGGUUACGGUCCGGUAUCCGUUGAUCGGGUUUAAAAGAUGCGAGGUGGCUCUGGACUUGGAGGGGAUUAAGAGGGGUUUAUAUGAUUCUGAAGAUGGGAAUACGGAUGUGAGGCUUCAUGAUGGAUAUCGAUAUGGACGUGCUUUGGUUCGGAUCUGA